AUGGACAUCUUCUCAAAUCAGCAGCAUUCUGACGACGACCCUCUUGUUGAAACUAAACUUAAACUUGGCUUCUCCUCAAUUCCAUUUUUAUGCAAGAAGCCACAUACAAUUCAAGAAGCCACAAGAAGAACCCAGAAGCUGCAAGAAGAUGCUAGAAGCAACCAGUCACCGCCAUGGAAGGUGCCGUACGUGAAGAACCAUCCGGUGGAAUUCAACCUUGACAGGCGGGGCGUUCAGGCGCGUGAAACCUCUUCUGGGGCUGUUCUUCGCAACAGCGUGUUCGUCUCGGUCUUGUGGACCUUCUUCUGCGAUCAAAAUAUGGUUUUGAUCGAUUUAAUUUCUGCGUUGGUGGCUUGGGUGCUCUGUUUUUCACCUUUUCCUCGCUCUGAGGCAGAGAUCACUCACAAAUCACUUAUGGAUGAAAUUAUAGAGGUACCGGAAAUUGAGGAAGUCAAUGAACAAAAUAUUGAGGCAUUGGAGAUCAUAGAAGAAAUAAUUGAAGAGAUAAUUGAAAAAAUUACAGAGACCCAAGAAAUCGGCCAAGAAAUCAUAGAAAUAGAGGAAAAUGAUGGAGUCAGAGAAGAAAUUAUCCAAGAAAUCAUAGAAAUAGAGGGAAAUGAUGAAGUCGGAGAAGAAAUUAGAGAAAAAGUAGCUCCAAAGAAAAAGGGUGGAUUAAUCACUAUGCCCUUCAUUUUUGCAAUUGAUGCAUCGGUGAAGUUUGCAAUUCUAGUUCUUAAUGUAAAUGUGAUUAGUCACUUAAUCAAGCAGCUUCAGAUGCCGUUUACCAAAGCAGUCAACACCGUCAACAUUUUUAAUAUCCUCACAAGCUUGACACCAUUGCUCGGGGGCGUUGUGGCAGACGCAGGUGUCGGACGGUUCUGGACCAUAAUAAUUUCCUCCAUAAUGUACUUAAUGGGGACGAUAUGUAUAAUAUCAUCAUCAACACUACCGGGAUUGAGGCCUCCGCCAUGUGAAGGUGACGGUAAGCAAGUGUGCCAACAGGCCAAUUUUGGCCAAUUGGCAACCGUUUACAUCUCUCUCCUACUGACUGCUUUGGGGUCUGGUGGAAUUCAGGCUUGCGUGUUACCAUUUGGGGCAGAUCAGUUUGAAGAAAAGAGUAAGAUGGGGAACUUCUUCAAUUGGUACUACUUCUUCAUGGGGUUACCUACCGUGUUAGCAACAAUAGAAGUGGUGUAUGCUCAACACAAUUUUGGACGGGCAUGGGGAUUUGGAGUCCCUACCAUAGGAGUGUUAUUAUCCGUCAUUGCCUUCAUUUCCGGAUAUCCUUUGUACCGAAAACUAGACCCCGUAGGGAGCCCAUAUACACGGUUAUUAAAAGUCUCCUUUGCUGCAAUAAGGAAAAGAAGUCUAACCAUGGUCUCAGAUCCUAGAGGGUUGUAUGAGAAUGAGGAGCUUGAUGCUUCUAUAGCCGGCAAUCGGAGGCUUCUUCACACUCAACAUAUGAAAUUUCUUGAUAAGACAGCCAUUGUCACUGAAGAAGACAACCUCCAAUCACCCAACCUGUGGAGGCUAAACACCAUCCAUAGAGUUGAAGAACUGAAAACGUUUAUUCGAAUGGGACCGAUAUGGGCAGCUGGAAUCAUCCUGAGUGCAGCCUAUGCCCAACAAAUCAGAUUCUCAAUCAAACAAGCCCACACCAUGGAUAGACACCUGACAAGGUCAUUUCAAAUUCCUGAAAGCUCCAUGACCAUCUUCACAGUCACCUCCAUGCUUGUCACAGUAAUCUUCUAUGUCUGUGUGUUCGUCCCUAUUAUCCGUAGAUUCACGGGUGUAGGCCGGGGCAUCUCUUUCCUGGUGCGGAUGGGUAUUGGCUGUUUCAUUUUCAUACUAGCCACCCUAGUUGCUGGCUUCAUUGAAGUGAAGCGUAAACAUGCCACAAUUCCUGUCACUGUCUUUUGGCUCGUGCCACAGUCCGCCCUACAUGGCAUCUCUGAGGCCUUCAUGCUUAUUGGAUAUCUUGAGUUCUCGUAUGACCAGGCACCGGAUAGCUUGAGGAAUACUGCUUUGGGGUUGUUUUCGAUAGCCAAUACAGCUGGGGUUUAUUCCAGUGCCCUUUUGGUGUCACUAGUGCACAAGUUUAGUGCUGGUCCAGGUGGUUCAAAUUGGCUUCCCCAUGAUGACUUGAAUAAAGGGAAGUUAGAAUACUUUUACUGGUUGAUAUCAUUGCUGCAGCUUGUGAAUCUUGUUUAUUACAUAUGCUGCGCAAUGUUCCAUACCUUCAAGCCAUUGAGACGGGCCAGUCUUUGAGGGAAGAUAGUGGUGGUCAGGGAAGAGGUUGAUUCUGUUCAUUUUACUGUUCCCACUUCCUCUCAAGAGACUAUUCAAGAUGGAGGCUUACACGAAUUGAAGAGUUGAACACACAAGACAUCUGAAUCAUUUUCAAAAAUCUUAUAAGUACUAACUUAGGUAGAGUUUCCUGAAUUUCUUCAUUAGAAAUAUAGAUAAAUUCAUCUUUCACAGCAUGCUGAUGGUCAAAAUUUAAGAACUAUGAGGAGAAUUACCAUUCUAUGUUAAUUGCAUGUUACAUGUAAAAAAAAUUUAAGGCUAGUGAGUGAGUUAAUUUUUAGUUAUUAAAAAAAUUAA